AUGUCAGGAAGAGGUCGCGGCGGGGGCCGAGGGGCUUAUUACAAAGAGAAGUACGGUGGAGGCCGUGGCAGAGGGCGAGGCGUUUCCUCAUCACACGAGUUCAACGACUCCAGCCCGCAAUCCCAGCAGCAGAGACCCGGUCCGCCAAAGGAUUGGCAGCAGCUCGAAUACCAUCUACAAGGCAUCGACGGGCAGCAAUAUGGUGCUUACAAGCGCCUGUUGGGCAAGUACGAGCAUGCAGGUCCUCGCUUCACCCUCUCCGUCGAUCACGUCCAAGGCGAUGCCUAUGCAGCACCUUCAAAGGUGAGGUCAAUCGUCCCAUGGAGCGAGACCGGCUUUCCAAAGGAAUACCUCGACUCCGAUGUGAGAAGAAUUGCGCUCUGCGACUUUGUCUCUCGCAUCGCCGGCAGCAUCAUCCAAGCCAAGCACUUGGACCGCAAUGUUGGCAACUCAAACGGUGGCUGGUCUGGUCCGAAAGGUGGUGCGUUCUCCAUAUGUAUGCCUGGUACUGAGAUCUUGCCACGGACAUCCGCUGUCAUCGCCGGCGGCGAUUCGAUUGAGCUGCGAUUCACGGUCUCACUACCAGCAGCUGGACGUACCAUCCUCGGUCAACAAGCCUAUCAGAUCCUAGCUGUAAAUCUCGUCGAGAUUGUCAGGAAGGCACUUCUCCAUGCCAAUCUGGACCAGCAAAGCCUUGGGCGCCAUAUCGAGUCUGCAGAGCGUCAAGAAUCGCUCCGUUCGCAGCUGAGUAAGAAGGGGCUCAUUGCUUUCAUCUCCAACGGAGCUGUCCUGCCUAGGGCAUCAGGAGCUUCUCAAGCACCUUUGUCUGGUGCAUCCGUGGUGGGAUUCCGCGCCCCUGCCGAAAUGGAGGUCACUUUGACCUCGUCCGAUGGUCAGUCCUUCACGGGCAUGGGGAUCCCCAAGGGCGUCACACUGCUCACAGGUGGCGGCUUUCAUGGCAAGAGUACGCUGUUGGAGGCGCUUGAGCUGGGUGUCUACAACCACAUACCAGGCGACGGUAGAGAAGCGGUCGUGACUGAUCCAACAGCUUUCAAGAUCAGAGCCGAGGAUGGAAGAGGGAUUGCGAGCACGGACAUCAGCCCUUUCAUCAGGAACUUACCUGGCGGAAAAUCCACCACUGCCUUCUCGACCGAGGAUGCUAGCGGUUCUACUUCGAUGUCUGCCAACAUUCAAGAGGCGCUCGAAGCAGGCUGCAAGACCUUGCUCAUUGACGAAGACUCAUCGGCCACGAAUUUGCUUGUCCGCGAUCAGCGCAUGCAGACACUGAUCAGAAACGAGCCCAUCACGCCGCUCAUCAGCAAGGUUUCGGCACUCUACAAUCAACACGGCGUCAGUACGGUCAUUGUCAUUGGCGGUCUGGGCGACUGGCUAGCCGUGGCCAACAGAAUCAUUGCCAUGGACUCAUACGUUCCGCACGAUAUCACCGAGAAGGCGCAGGGGGUCGUACGUCAAUUCCCUGGCACGAUCAUGCAAGAUGCCGCCUACGGUUCACUUCCAAAGCGCAGUUUCAGGGUCGAUCUACAAGGCCUCAAGUCUCCAUUCGCGAGUCGCAAGCGAUUCAUCGCGCUCAGGUCACAGAUCAAGGACGCCGUGGACGACCCUUCCCAAGCGGAGAGUGGCGUUGACUUGGAAGGGCUCGACCAGAUCGUGGAGAUUGGACAAUCGCGGACCAUUGCAGUGCUUCUGCAGCGUAUUGCAGGUCAGACAGGAGCCCGUGGCUUAUCGCUGGGUGAGCUGCUCAAACGACUGGAGAUGCUCAUCGGUGUCGAUAAGUGCUCUCUGGCCUCGCUUGAGGGUGGCGACUUGGUGGCUGUUCGGCCUCUGGAACUCGCUGCGGCACUUUCGCGAUUGCGAGGCGCGGCUCUGCAGGUCGAUGCUACAUCGUGA